GUGAUACGGCAAUGGCGUUGAACAUUAGGCGGCCCAGGGUAGUGUGGGCGCGCCGGGGAGCUAUGUGGUGACAUAUGGGAUGUAUGCUGGAUGAUGAGAACUCGCUGAUGUGGCAUAUUAAGCCGAAGUGGAACCGCAUUCUGCUGUUGGUUGUGCUGAGGCAAAGACCGGUCAUCAUAAUUAUUGCACAUCAAGUUACAGGUGAGAAAUUUGUGGUUGGGGGCAGCAUUUAUGAGGUUCUCCUAACGGAUUACCUAAGGUGCCUAUCUUCAGAGGUAAGGACCAAGCUGGUUGACGAAGCCUAUGUUGAACAGCACACCUUUGCUUCUUUCAGUAAGAAAUCUCUGGACAUCGAGGCAAAGCAAGGAUCUGCGCAUCAGGCACCCAACGAUGGUAGGAAGAGACUCCCCCAAGAUUGGAAGAAAAAGGGUCAGUUAAUGUUCGUUGACCACGAUGGUCAAACAACGGAGAUUGACGACUACUCAAAUCUUGGGGAGUUCACAGAGCACGAUGGGGGUGGUGAGACUUUAGAUGGUAAAGUCGUGGCACCCAUCAAGGAAAAGGCUAGGGGGACCGGGAAGAAGAAGGUAGGACGGUCCACGGGUCAGGGCGACCAAGGAACACCCGCAUGGGUGAAGAUUGGUUUAGACUACGAGGUGUGGCGUGACCGCGUUGCUAGGGCCUUCUAUGCACCACCAACUUCGCUGACGGAGGACGAAGUCGCGGUGGGGGACAUUCUUGCGUAUGUGAGCAAGGUGGCCCGCGAGUUUCGCACGCAGCGGUACGACGACAACAAUAUACCGCUCCUUUAUGUCCGCAUCCAAAUCGGGCAAGCGUCUCGCAGCGCUUUGCUGGAUAGCGGCGCGACUCGCAACUUCAUUAGCCAGUCCUUCAUGCAAAGGGCUAGCCUUGGACCACAAGUUCGAAGGAAGGCACACCCUACGUCGAUCAAGUUGGCGGACGAAAGAACGCAACAACUCUUUGAUCACUACAUCGAAGCCGUCCCGGUUUAUUUCGCACCUCAUGCAUGCGAACCGGUGACGUUUGACGUCUUGGACACGGACUUCGACAUCAUUCUGGGCAUGCCUUGGCUUGCAAGUGCGGAUCACGAGGUCAACUUCCAUCGGCGGACACUUACGGUUCGCGAUGCGUUUGGCGCCGAAGUACCAUGUACUAUUCCUCUCCCGCACCCUUCGAUCCGGUGCCAAGUUGUAACAGCCAAAUCUUUUCGGGCCACUUGCGCUUACGAGCGGACCGAAGAGAUGGGCUUAUGUUUUCUUCGAACCGUCAUGGUAGCCGAAUCUCAACCCACGGACUUGUCUUCAGACCCCCGGGUGGCGCGGUUGCUCGACGAAUUCGCCGACGUCUUCGAGUCACCUACCGGCGUGGUGCCGGAUCGACCGAUCUCGCACGAGAUCUUUCUCGAGGCCGGUGUCGUGCCGCCAAAAGGUUGCAUUUAUCGCAUGAGCGAGGAGGAACUUACUGUACUCUGCGCGCAGCUCGACGACUUGUUGGACAAACGCUGGAUCCGGGCUAGCAGCUCACCCUAUGGUGCGCCGGUUCUCUUCGUUCGGAAGAAGAACAAGGACCUUCGCCUAUGCAUCGAUUACCGCAGUAACGCGGGACCUCUUCCUCGUAUUGACGACCUUCUGGAGCGCUUGGGUGGCGCAAUUUUUUUUUCCAAACUGGACUUGAAGUCAGGAUAUCAUCAGAUCUUGAUUCGGCCGCAAGAUCGCUACAAGACCACGUUCAAGACACGCCGGACCUUGGAGGAACAUCUUGACCAUCUUCGACGAGUGUUGGAGACAUUCCAGCGCGCCAGGUUCAAAGCCAACCGCGACAAGUGUGAAUUCGUACGCCAAGAGUUGGAAUACUUGGGCCACUUCGUUACUCCACAAGGCAUCAGUCUGCUGUCGGACAAGAUUCAAGCCGUCCAAGAUUGGCCGGAGCCACGGAACGUCACGGAUGUCCGAUCCUUCGUUGGCCUUGUCGGCUACUACCAACGCUUCAUCAAAGGGUACUCGAAGAUCGCGGCUCACUUAACCAAGCUUCAAUGCGAGGACCGACCGUUUGACUUCGGAACGGACGCGCGUGAAUCAUUCUUGGCCCUCAAGGCCGCGUUGCUCUCCGCGGAGGUAUUGCGGAUAUACGACCUGCUAUUGCCAACACGUGUCACCACGGACGCGUCCGACUAUGGCAUUGAUGCUGUCCUCGAACAACAUGAUGGCGUGGACUGGAACCUAGUCGAAUACUUCAGCAAGAAAGUGUCGGUCGUGCACUCCAUCGAUGAUGCACGGAAGAAGGAACUUCUUGCCUUCGUCCACACACUCGAGAGGUGGCGGCACUUCCUCCUUGGUCGACGCCAGUUCCGAUGGGUAACGGACAGCAAUCCGUUGGUCUUCUACAAGUCUCAGAACACCGUCAACAACACCAUAAACCGUUGGAUGGCCUUCAUCGACCAAUUCGACUUCUUUCCCGAUCACAUUCCGGGGAGGUCGAACCGUUUCGCGGAUGCCCUUUCACGGCGUCCGGACCACUGCACCGAAGUCUACUCAACCUUCGAGAUCGAGGAUGACUUGCGGGACAGCUUCAUCCUCAGCUAUCAAUCCGACCCCGAACUUCGAGACAAGUACACAAACUGUUCCUCUCCCAGUCCGGCGCCUUCGCACUAUCGGAUCCAAGAGGGAUACUUGCUCGUUCACUCGCGGGGGCAGGAUCUACUUUGUGUGCCACAAGAUUCACACUUGCACAUGCGGCUUCUUGGCGAGUUCCACGACGCCCCCCCCACCGGGCAUUCAGGAGUCAAUCUCAAGAUUGGCCGACUACGCGAGCGCUUUUGGUGGCCCGGUCUUCUCGACGACGUCAUGCGCUAUUGUGAGUCAUGCGAGGUUUGCCGACGUUGCAAAUCAUGCAAUCAUCGUCUGUACGGCGAACUGCGACCAUUGUCGGUCCCCUUGCGUCGAAGGGAAGCGAUUGCCAUGGAUAUUACCAGGCCGUUCCCCAAGCACAAGACGGGUGUGGAUGAGAUUCUCACGGUGGUUGACCGACUCACCAAGUUUGCCAUGUUCUUUCCUUGCCGCUAUCAUUCCAAGGCACCGGAGUUGGCCGAGGUUCUCUACGCCGGUUGGAUUCGAACCAAGGGUUACCCCAAGGAGAUCGUCUGCGAUUGCGACACUCGGUUCAUGUCUGAUGUUUUGUUGGCGCUCAUCAAACGAUGGGGCUCAUCCCUCAAGCCAAGUUCGGCUCGCCACCCCCAAACCGGUGGCCAAACGGAGAGGGCACAUCAGACCGCACAGGUCCUCCUUCGAACUCUCAUCCAUCCCGACCAGAAAGAGUAGGUUGAGCGGCUGCCGGAUAUGGAGUUGGCAAACAACUCGU